GCACGAGCCCCUGUAGCAGUGGCGAGAAAUACGUGCGUGCGUGUUGUCGAAGCCAGUAGGCGCGACUGAGAGUACCUCACAAGUGUCUCAAAGAGUCGCCGCUGCAGCCGCGCCGUUUUCGCUUCAUUCCGAGGCGUUGCAAGCCCGCAGUGUCAGACUGUAGGGGCUCCCGCCGCGCGCCAAGCCGAAUGAAACUCGUCGGCAUGGCCCUCCUGUUGGGCGCAUGCCGGGCGCUGCGCCCCGCCGCCCGGCUGACGCGCACGCGCCUCCGCGCGUCGACGACCGUCGCCGAGGACACCGUGCCGCCCGUCACCUUACUAAGUGGUUUUCUGGGAGCCGGCAAGACGUCGAUGCUCACGUCCAUUUUACAGAACCGAGAAGACCUGAAAGUAGCGGUGGUCGUGAAUGAUGUGGCCGCGGUGAAUGUGGAUGGAUCUAUUGUGAAAAGAGAGUUAGUAGAAACGGACGGCGAGCCCGUCGAACUGUUAGAACUACAGAACGGGUGUGUCUGCUGCGGUCCCGAAGCGGGCGAACUCGCGCAGAGCAUAAGAGGCAUGGUGAAGGGGCGAGGCUUCGACCACGUCGUCGUCGAACUGAGCGGCGUCGCGGACCCGUCGGUCGUCAAGGCUAAUUUAAAACAAGGAGAUGUGGAUGUGGAACGAGUGGUCACGUUGGUCGACGCGCCGGCCUUCUGCGAGCAGUGGAUGAGUUAUGAUGUGAUGGAAGAUAGGAUUAAGGACGACAAUGAAGAUCCUUACCACCCUACAAGCAUGAAGAAGGCUUUGGCAUCCAAAGCUGAUCUGGAGGCCGAUCCCUGUGCGGCGGGGCAAAAGGUCGCCGCUUUAUUAGCGGCGCAGGUCGAGUGCGCUGAUGUGAUUGCAGUUAACAAAAUCGACCAGGCUGCUCAAGAUACGGAGCAGGCCGUCGUCACGUGCUCGGCGUUGAUGCCCGACGCGAAAGUGCUGCGGACGGAAUAUGGGCGGGCGCCGUUAUCUGAAUUAUUACCGGAGAAGUGCACUGUGAGCGGUGAAACGUUGUCGACGUGCAGUGAACCGUGCUGCGACGAGGUUUCAGGACACGAGUGGGCGGGCGUGUUCUCACUGGAAGAGGGUUCAUACGAGUGGACGGCGCAGCAAGUAGGUGGUAAAUAUGCGGAUCCGGCCAUGCGGAUGGUCGUGUUGCGGGCGUCUGGUGUGACGCGGGACGCUCUUGAGAGUGUAGAAGGGUUGGGCGAGGCGCUGAUCAAGAGCGACAAGUGUGUCGACGUCGAAAGUGGCGGUGUUAUUACCCCAGGCAAGUGCUACAACCUCGUCUUCGACCAAUCAUCUGAGGAGACCAAGUUUACCAUAGAAAGUAGUGGUCCAACCGCGAUCUUCACGGAGCACUUUCCCACGGAAUUCGAGGCGGAUACACAUUAUUUACGACGGAACGGCGAGGAUAUCGAACCCGCAGCAGAGUUAGGAGAAAGCGGCCACUCGCACGAGCACGGGCACUCGCACGACUUGCCGAGCCACGCGACGGACUUCGGCAACUUCGUCUACACGCAGAAGCGGCCCUUCAACUACGAUAGAUUACUGGGCAUGAUCUCGCGGUGGCCGAUCCCGCAGAAGACGAUGCUCGACGUGCGCGACUUGAAGCCGGGCGGCGCGGGCGUGAAGGGCGUCGAGUCCCCCUGGGAGAGUGUUUUGCGGUCCAAGGGCACGGUCUGGUUGGAUACGCAUCCCCGCCGCAUGAUUCAAUGGGCUUAUGCCGGAAGGCAUUUCGGCCUCGACGACGUGGGGCCCUGGGCCGGCGACGAGCAGAAAUCGGAGAUCGUGAUCAUCGGCCAGGGGCUGGACGAAGCGACGUUACGGAGCGACUUGGACGAGGCGCUGUGUACGGAUGCUGAGUUGGACGAGAUGGAAAAAAGAGUCGAGGGCGGCGGGGGGUUGCGGUUCGCGGUGGGCACGUCGGUAGAGUGCAACGUCGGCGACGAGACCUGGAUGCGCGGCACGGUAGUAGCUUUAGACUACGUGGAAGAAGGCUGGGACCAGCCCGCGCCGUACCAAGUCGAGCUCGAGGACGGGACGCUCAUCUUCGCGCCCAUCGACGAGGACUGGGUCAUCCGCAAACAGCUCGCGGCGAAGGCGUAAAGACUACUUUGUACUUAUAACACAUCAAAAAUU